UAACCCUUUGGUAUCUAAAUUUCAAGUUUGACUAUUUUUUUUUAUAACUGUAAAAAUUAUAAUUUUUUAAAAAUGCCUCCAAGUCCAUACAACCGUAGAAAGAAACAAAAAAAUAGUAAUAAUGAAAAGGAUCUAAAUGGUGUUACUGAAUUAGUGUAUGAAUUUUUACGUCAAGUGUCAACAUCAAAUGCUUUAACACGUCGUCGAAAAAAUGCUUUAUACAAUUUUCGAAAGUCUAAUUCAAUCAAAAAAAGGCCUGAUGUCAAAAAAUAAUUAAAUAUACCUGAAACAUACAUUGAAAAAGGAUAAGUAUGAAUUUUUAAAUACCUUUUCCUGGACAUGAAUGCGUGCAAAAAACAAUAUGUGUAUGAGAAACAGUAACACUUGUCAUGAUCUUCCCCGAUUACUGAUGAGGUUAGAAGCUUUUGCAAAACAUCAGGUGUUGGUUCUCACAGUUACGACAAUCUCUGAACGAUCUGAUCACGUUAUACAAUGUGCACGAGUUUAUACUAGUCCAAUGCAACGAAGGUAAUUUCAGUCUAUAAAAGCCAUUGAAUCAGUCGUUACCAAUAAACCUGUCAAGGAUAUGAACUCUUUAAGUCGAUCAAGGCAUCAUCGAAGUGAAAAGAAACCUAUACCUGAGGACAAAAAAGACGCCAAGUAUUACGAACGCCGCAAAAGAAAUAAUCAAGCUGCUAAAAAGUCUCGAGAUGCUCGAAGAAUGCGUGAAGAUAUUAUUGCAUUAAAAGCACAAUUUUUGGAAAAUGAAAAUGUAUUUUUAUGGAAAAAAGUAGUGUUAUUAUCUCAAGAGUUAGAAAAACUAGUGGCUUUUGUUCAAGAAAUUCAACGAAAUAUACCUGACCUGAGAAGUAAUCACAGCUUGUGGUUCAGUAAUUAUUUACAAACAACAUAUAUUCCAGAACAAACGUCAUGUUGUAUGAAGAAUAUUCAUGGCACAAUUACAGAAUAUCCUACAUCAGUUGAAAGUACUACGACUAGCGUGACAGCAUUAACUACAUUUAUCUCACGACUCUCAUCACAAUUACCAACACUAUCUACUUUGUAAAAUCUAUAUAUUUCUAGA